AUGGCUGACCGAACCGCGUCAACGAUUUUGCGAGUUACCGAACUGAAACGGAAUGCGUCCAAUCGUCAUAUGGGACCGCUCUUCAAUGUGUCUUGCGCCACGCUCGCCGCUUUGGCCACGAUCCGCGAUGAUACCACCGUGCGGUGGGUCACUCUCACACUGCCACAAGGUUCGCUUGUGAGAUACAUUUCGGAGACGGCGUUCCUCGAUGACGCCCCGGCUACCCCCGCGGACAUCCAUGAGAUACUCAAAUUUCUGGGUAGCCAAUUCGAUUCGGCAUUAGCUUAUCAGAACGCAUGCUGUGCUCGCGUUUCAGCAGAGGCCGCACCCUGUAUGAGCAAUACGCUAGGAAUCCCGAGCGGUCGAUGCAUAUGUCUGAAAAAGAGAUCGAGGAGUACAUCCUUCGCGGAAAAGGAAGUCUCAGAGUGCCUUAGAAAGAGUCACGCUGGACGGCAGAAGAUGAGCGACGGAGAUAACGCGACGACCCGAGGAAAUGGCAACAAGGCGAGGGCAGUGGAGAUACCCGCGGGGAAGCCGCGAGUCGCGUCAUCCGUCCGGACAGCGCCGCCAGUACCAUCGUCCAUGACCUCCUGCCCUGGGUCAGUAAAAAUG